AUGUGUUUCUGGAGAGAAUUUGUUGAUUAAAAAAGUGUUAAAUGGAAUAUAUAGAAUUAUACAAGAAAUUAAUAAGAAUAUUAUAAGAUAUUUUUUAAUUGUGAGGAUUAAUUUCUUAAAGAUUCAUCUAAAUUUAAUGGAGAAAUGAGUGAUAUAGAAAGGAAUAAAUAAGAGGAUAACUUAAUUUAUAAAAUUAUCAAAAUUAUUGGAGAUAGUUUUGAUGAUUUAAAAAUAAAGCUGUUGUAGAAAAAUAGAAUAAUAUUUUCAAUAGUUUAUAGCUAAUUAUCACUAAUAGCAAUUGAAUUGAUAUUAGAUUAAUAAAUUAUUCAUAAAAAUAUUGUUAAAAUUAUAGAAAUCGAAUUUUUGUUAAUAUUUAAAGAAAAAUAAUAGAAGGAUGACUUGAAAAAGAUUAUGGAUAGGAUAAUACACAAAUGGAGAUAAUUGUAAUAAUUAUGA